GUCGAUCGUCAGGGGAUAUCCCGGUGGAAAUGCCUCCGGGGAAACUUUUUGCGUUUUGAUGCUGGGGAAAGGGGGGAGGCUGAGGGGGAGUCAUGUCCAGGAGCUGGAAAAUUCAGGCCAUUUGCCUUCGUCUGUCCGAGUUUUUUUUUUGCGCGCAAUUAGAGAAGAAAUCGUACAAUCCGGAAGUGGGAGAGAUUUUUAAUAGACAAACAACUCCAGAUGCUCAGUCUUGUGACCUAAAAAGCCGCAAUCUUUGUUAUUGAAUCUGUGGGUUUAUUUUUGGAGAUGUGGUCCAGUGUAAUGGACCGGAAAAUCAAUUUUCCAUUCAAUUAGCGCUGUUCCUUUUUUCUCAGUCUGAUUGGCAGACGCCUUCGGAUGGUUGAAAAAAGUUAUCGAAUGUAUCGAGGGGCUCCUGGACAGGUGACAACUUAUUUAAUGGAGUAGAAAAAAAAUAAUGAACAAUUUAAUUCUGAUUGGGAAAAUUUCUAAGUCAAAAGAUGUUUCUGAUGACGCUUCUUAUUUAUUUUCAUUGACAUUACAAUUUUUUUUUGACACAUGGUGAGGUCAUCUGUGGAAACUACUGUUUAUUUUUUUUAGCUCUGAUUUAGGGGGUUUUUUAGUGAUUUUUUGAGUUGAUGAGAUUGAAAUCCCGAGAGUUUUUUCCUGGAACAAAAAUUAACGGAUCUAUCUUCGGUUUUUGGAGGAAUAUGUAAAAAAUUAUGGGAAAUGCUGGGAAUCUUGUGAGAGCCUUUUUGGAGAGAAAGUUAAAUGCUACAAAAAAGUUUUGAUGGAAAUUUUUCCAUCGCUUGUAGAUUUAGAAAUAUUUAUGAAAAAGAUGGACUGGAGAUGAGUGAGUUUCGCCAGUUUUAGCACUUCACUAUAAAUAAUUGUAGAUUUCUAAAUAAAAUUUAUUGAAUAAGUUAAUUAUAUUUGAUAUGCAAUAAAUUCAUUUGAUUUAAUAGACGUCUCUCCAUCUAGAUGACCAUUGUUGAUUCUGGGAGACAGUGGUAGGAAGAAAUCAGGCGAAUUCAGUACCGAAGUGAUAAACGGCUAAGUCCCUUUGACAGUUAAUAAAUUUAUGGGGCAUAUCUCGGAAUCUAGGGGAGAUGGCAUAAUUUUUAUCAUGACCUUUUUUGUCGAGUGAAGUGUAAUCUCCAAAAAACGUCCCGACAAAAAUUCUCUAUCUCCCUUACAUUUGGAGAUCUCGCUCAAAAACUUAAUUAGAAAAUAGUCAACUCAUCUCGUUUUGCCAUUUCACUACUGAAAUUUUAUAUCACCAGUUUUUAAUAGAUAUCUCUGAACUCAAGACAGAUAGAAAUUUUUUUAUAAUAACCUUUUUUAUGCAGCGAAUUGAGUGCUACAAAAAGUGUUAUCACAAAAAAAUGUCCAUCUCCUUUAGAUUCAGAGAUAUUCCACAAAAACUCGACUGACAGAUGCAUUAGCUAUUGUCUUUCGUUCAUUUCGCUACCGAGUUCUGCCCAGGAUCAAAUUAUUCUGAACUAUUUCAACCAGGAUCCAAUCCUCGGUAUGACAAGACCUACCCCCUACCCUCCCCCACCAAUAACCCCCGAAAAUGCGUGACAAGUGUCAAAAAAUACAUCAUCAAGAAUUGGUAUUGAAUACAGACGGGGAACUUCUCACGUAGAUCUCUUCCGAGGCGAGUUCCAAGUCGGGUGUCAUCGGCUGGCAUCGGUAGAGGCCACUUUCCCCUCUCUGUACUACCUGUUAACCCACUUGAAUCAGUCUUUGAGCUACUUUAGCCAAAGGAUCAUCGAUUCUCAAUUUUCCCCAUUUAUCCCCCCCAAGUCCUCAUUCAACAAAAGAUAAAAAACAUUUCUAUCCCCCAAAUUUGGCGAUCGGCGAACGUAUCCCCCGCGAUGACGAUGUCCAGGGGACAAAAAACCUCGUAUCCGGGUACAAAGAGGAACAACAAAGUCAUCUGAAUCGUUAAUCUGUGGCAUUGACUCAAUCACGUGGUGACGAGAAUUCAACGACAAUGAAAGGGUGGUUCGAUGCAUUUAGAAAUGAUGGGGGCCCAACACUGUACAGCUACAGUAAUCGGACACCUGUCACUGGUGACGUUCAUCUCAUAACGAUUUUCAUUAUUUUUUGCACAAUUUUCGCUGCUUUUCUGAUAAUAUUCCCAGGAAUUCGCAAAGAGAGAGUAACGACAUUUUUUACGGUGACCCUGAGCCUCUUCGUGGGGGCCAGCAUUCAAGUUGCCCAAUACGGCUCGACUUGGCACACGACCUCGUCCCAAAUAGUCAGCACUUACAGUGUCUUCUCCAGGCACAGAACUCAUGCAGAAAUCGGUGGCUACAUCGGUCUCAUGCACAUCAACAUCACAUACAAAUUGGUAGGAAAUAGAGAGGAGAGUCAGGACGGGGGUGAUAUUGAAUUCAACGAGAGAUUCUGGUGGAGAAGUCCCACGGAGAUGAGUGAUGCCUUCAAGAGUUCACUACAGAGGGGUACGCCCUUUCCCAUUAUUUCAUUGGCUGAGUAUUUCAGCCUUCAUCAGGAGGGCUUUUCCUGGGGGACGAGGUACAGAGAGGCUGGGCACUGGGCGUCCAUCAUCCUCUGGACCUCCUUUGCCGCCUGGAUGAUAACGAAUCUCCUCCUAGUAGUGGUGCCACGAUACGGUGCCUACGGUAUGAUAUUCACGGGGACUUUAAUGCUCCUAACGAACCUCACGUACUGGUCUCUAUUGCCUUCGGAGCCAUUGGUGGCCCACAUUGACGGUUCAAUUUUAAUAUUCAAUUUCGGCUGGAACUACUGGCUGCUACUCGCAGCCGGUGUCGUCUGUGUCCUCGGUGGAACAGUGAUAGCCGUAAUUGAUCUGAUAUUCCCCCAUCAAUUCUCAACGAUUCUCGAAGUUGAUUACGAUACGCCGUACGACAGGCACGUAAUAAUCGAGGAGAGUUUCGACACGAGAAAUGUUGGAAAUAAAUUACCCAAGAUCGUGGACGACGACCUUGAGGGAAGGAUCAUCAUGAGCAAAUUAUCGAAGAUGGGGAGCGAUCAGUCGAGUAGUCGAGGGAUCGUUAAUCAAGGAUACGAUCCGCCGGAUUAUAAUCGAAAUGAGAGCGACACAGCAGCAGGAAAAAAUUGGGCCUAUCCUUUCCCCCCAGUGUCUCGCAGGAUCAACGACUGAUGUGUAGAUGUGGUUAUUAAAUUAAAUAAAUUUAUUGCAUACCAAAUAUAAUUGAAGGAUCUGUUGAAUAAAUUUUAUUUAAAAUUUUCUGA